AUGCAAGUCGAAGUCAAUGAGAACGAAGACACGGAGUGGAACGACAUCCUCCGCCAACAUGGCAUCAUCCCCGAGAAGCCCAAGGACCCGGAGCCUCUCAUCCAAGAAGCCCUGAUCGAAGCAGCGCACAAGGCACACGAGAACCGCCUGGAAGAUAAAGAUCUCGACGAAUUGGAUGCUCUCGAAGACGAAGAGGACGAAGCAUUCCUGCAGUAUUACCGACAAAAACGUCUGGCCCAACUCUCAACCCUCCAGCAAACCAGCCGCUUCAACCAAGUCUACCCGCUCCAGAAAGUCGACUAUGCGCGGGAGGUGACUGAGGCCUCGAACGAGGCCUUUGUCCUGGUGAACCUCACCUCGCAGGGCGGGAAUGUUGAGUCGCAGGUCCUGACUGAGCUGUGGCGACAGCUAGCUGUUAAGUUCGGAGAUAUCAAGUUCUGUGAGAUCCGCGCGGACAUGUGCAUUGAGGGAUAUCCAGAGCGGAAUACGCCGACGAUCCUUGUCUAUAAGGACACAGAGAUUCGGAGACAGCUAGUGACCUUGCGUGAGCUGAAGGGUCCACGCACGAAGAUGGAAGGUAAGGUGGUCUUUGUUGUGUUGUGGAGUUCAGUACUGAUGCCAGAGACAAUAGAUAUCGAGCGUCUGCUCGUUGAUCUUGGCGCCGUGAAAGAAAGUGAUGUUCGUCUGAAGAAACAUUCUGACGAGGACGACAAGGCGGGCGAUGAUGACCUCAACAUUGAAGAUUAUGAUGAUGACUGGGAUUGA